AUGACUCACAUGCAGCAACAUAUACUUGCCAGUGCUAUAAUACUGGCACUGGUAGUUGUAUGGGGAAUCCACGUCUUCUUGUUUCCAAUGUAUACCUCCAGUCCACCGAGGAGACACACAAAAAUAUCAGUUUAUGAGCAAGCUUUGUGCCGAGGCAGUGCCAAGUACAUAAAAAUGCCAAUCGAGUGGAGAAAUCCCUGUCCCAAAUAUGGUAUUGUAUCUGCUGUUCAGGGUGGGCGUUUGGGAAAUCAGAUAUGGGAAUAUGCUUCGGUUUGGGCAACAGCUAGACGCACUGGACUCGAACCUUUUAUGCCAAGAUGUAUUUUAAAAACAUUACAGCAAUAUUUUGAUAAUCUCAGUAUACCACCGUUGAGUUAUAUUGGCCGAUGUACUCUGGAUAUUGGCCAAGUUGUAAAUUCAUUGGCUCAAUGGAAUAGUACUCAACAAAAUAUUAUUGUUCCCAGACAUGCGGCCUACUGGAGUCUAAUUCUGAUGUGGCUCGAUGAUGUUCGACGAGAAUUCACAUUAAAGCCAUCAUUAAAAAAAUACGCAGAUAUGCGUUUAGCUGAAGUUGCCUCAACGUUCAACAAGAGUACCCCAACUUUUAUUGGGAUUCACGUGCGAAGAACGGACUAUGUGGAUUAUUUGUGGCAAAAAUUAAAAGUUCGACCAGCCCCAGUUCGCUACUAUAUCUCUGCGAUGGAGUAUUUUACUAGAAAAUAUGACAAUGUCUUAUUUAUUGUUGCGAGUGAUUCAAUCAGGUGGUGUAAAUAUAAUUUACGUAGCGGUAGUCAUAAAAUAACAUUUAUUUCUGAUAUAGAAGCACGGGGUGUGGGAAAAGAUUUAGCAGUAUUGGCUGCUUGCAAUCACAGUAUUAUUGAUUACGGUACUUAUGGAUCUUUUGCAGCUAUCUUGGCUGCUGGUGAAACUGUUGUUUACAAUGUUUCAUCAUAUUUCUCAACUAUGAUGGCGGAUGUACUGCCUAAUUGGCGUAUAAUGAGUUGAAUAUCGAAAUCAAUAUCGGUAACAUUAUGAUUCUCUAUUGUUAAUUAACCAACGGAGAAAUAUUAUUUUAAAUUUGUAAAGGAUAAUAUUCACGAUUAACGUUAAUACACUACAUCCUGAAGCUACAUUAGUAUGGUGGAGUGUGUGACGACGUAUCAUUUUUUCUCCAAAUAAAUCAAGACUUCCAUAUUGUCUACAAUACUAAAGAGGAUUCAUUCUGAAGGAUCGUAUGAUUUGGUGAACGUUUAAUUUUAACUACAAUCCUCUCAUAUAAUCUACCUGUAUAUGAUUACACUGAGAAAAAAAAAUUAUUAAAAGUGUCUUAAAAAUUCUGUUAAACGCAACUUAUCGGUUUCAAUUGAGAAAAAAAUUAGAUAAGUAAUUAACUGUACCCAAUUCGAUGUGUUGCCUAUUUUCCACAGCAAAAUAUCGAUUUAAUUCUAAUGAAAAUCCGCAGAAAAGUUUUUUUCUCACGCCAAACGAUAUUUAUCGUUUGAUGUGAUUUUUUUUCUUAAUGUGAAUGAAACAUAAAAAAUCUUACGCGAAAUUUGAAAUAAAUAAUAAAAUCAAGUAUACAGUAUCGAUUCAGUUGCAAAAAAUAUAUAUUUAUUGAAUGCUCGAUUGUUUUUUCUCAGUGUAUAAUUAUUCCAUCUGUGAUUCUCUUUCUGAUUGUGCCAAUAAAUAUAUAAAUGAAAUUACUAUAUUUAUAGUAUAAGUCGUACAUAAAUGUCUUUGGUAUUUUGACAAUUGAAGUCUAUAAUAUCAAUCAUAAUAAGUAUGCUGGAGAUCUCAAUGAAUCGUAUACAAUUUAAUAAUAAUCGUCAUUUUGAGUUUAAUGUUCUAAAAAAAAAAAAAAAAAAAAAAAAAUGUUGAUCUCAAGCCUUGUGACCUGAACAUGAAGUGUUAAGUAUUCAUAUUCAUGUGACAUAUUUCAAAGCAAUCCAAACAUAAUUUUUAGUGUAUUUUAUUAGCUAUUCAAUAAUGUUUGAAUGAUCCGGUGAAAAAUUUGUGCCUGUUUAUUGGAAUAAUUCAAGUGUUGCAUAGAGAUUUUUCAGUCUUGGAUAUGAAAGUUCAAUAGAAAUUAUUAAACACGUAUUUAAUAUUUUU